ACGUGGCGCCCAUAGGGGCAGUGGCGAGUCUACUGCGCGUGCGUCUGUCGCGGACCGAUGACGUAGUGCGGCCUGCUCCUGCGCCGGGCCUGGGUUGUGGGAGUGAUGGAGAGCGGGGCGAGAACAUGAAUAAAGGCUGGCUGGAGCUGGAGAGCGACCCGGGGCUCUUCACCCUGCUGGUAGAGGAUUUUGGUGUUAAAGGUGUUCAAGUGGAAGAGAUCUAUGACCUACAUUGUAAGGUUCAGGGCCCAGUAUAUGGAUUCAUCUUCCUGUUUAAAUGGAUUGAAGAACGGAGGUCGCGGCGCAAGGUAACACCCCUAGUGGAUGAGACAUCAGUGUUCGAUGAAGAAAUUGUUAAUGACAUGUUCUUUGCUCACCAGCUGAUCCCAAACUCAUGCGCAACACAUGCGCUGCUCAGUGUCCUCCUGAACUGCGACAAUGUUGAAUUGGGACCCACCCUCAGCCGGAUGAAAGACUUCACCAAAGGAUUUAGCCCAGAGAGUAAAGGCUAUGCAAUCGGUAAUGCUCCAGAAUUAGCAAAGGCACACAACAGCCAUGCCAGGCCUGAACCACGGCACCUUCCAGAGAAACAGAAUGGGAUCAGCGCUGUGCGUACCAUGGAAGCCUUUCAUUUCGUCAGUUACGUUCCCAUUAAAGGUCGCCUCUUUGAGCUAGAUGGUUUGAAAGCCUAUCCCAUAGAUCAUGGGCCUUGGGGUGAGGAUGAAGAGUGGACAGACAAAGCACGGAGAGUUAUAAUGGAGCGAAUAGGACUGGCUACCGCUGGAGAACCAUACCAUGAUAUCCGUUUCAACCUGAUGGCUGUGGUGCCAGAUCGGAGGAUAAAGUAUGAGACCAAAUUGAGCCUUCUGAAAAUGAACCGACAGACAGUACUUGAGGCCCUACAGCAGCUGAUCCGUGUCACCCAGCCUGAGCUGAUCCAAACACAGAAACCCCAAGAAGCUCAGGCCAUGGAGGAGGCGAAGCAAGCCUUGAACAAGCCAGCACCUGAAUUGGAAAGCAGCAAGGCACACCAUGUACAGGAAACACUGCACAGUGGAUCCAGUGAAGCCCCCACGCCUCCAACUCAGGUACCUUGUACAUCCAGCCCAUCCAGCAAACUAAAGCCUUCAAACAAGCCUAUAAUGCCCAGUACAAAUGGACCCACGUCUGCUCCCAGUCCUGUCAUUCUGCGGCUUCCAGCUUUCCUCGAUAACCACAAUUAUGCCAAGUCGCCAAUGCAGGAAGAGGAAGAUUUUGCAUCCGGAGUUGGUCGAGGCCGCCUGCCCAUCCCCCCUCACCACCGUUACUCAGACAAUGAUGAUGAAUACGAUGAGGAAGAGGAGGAGGAUUGCCAGAACACAAACACUGCUAUCAGGUAUAAAAGGAAGAGCCAUUUAUUACAGGAGCAACGACCCAGCGAGCAACUUUCUCUUCUGCAGCCCAACACUAUCAAUGUGCUGACUGAGAAGCUCAAGGAAUCUCAGAAGGACUUGUCUAUUCCCCUUUCCAUAAAAACCAUUGGCGGCGUUCCUGCCCAUCCCCAGCCUUCCCCGACCCCCAGCAACGAGAGCACGGACACAGCCUCUGAGAUUGGGAGCGCUUUCAACUCCCCACUCCGCUCCCCCAUCCGUUCGGCCAAUCCCACCCGUCCCUCGAGCCCGGUCACGUCUCACUUUUCCAAGGUGCUGUUUGGGGAGGAGGAAAGUCUGUCCCGUGUUGACUGCAUGCGUUACAACCGAGCGGUGCGGGACCUUGGACCCGUUGUUAGCACAAACCUGUUGCACCUGGGUGACGAAGGAAUGCUACAGACCCUUGGAGUCACUGACCAGCAGAAAACAGACUCCAUUAAAAGCUCACCAUUGCCUCACAGUGUGGACAGGCCUACAGAAGUCAAAAUGGAGGAUGGGAAAGAGUCCCCUGGAUCAUGUGACAGGAAGGAGAAAUUUUCAGGGAGUGCAAGUAAUGAACAAAAUGUUGCAGAAAAAUAUUCCCCCAAGGAGUUGCUGGCUUUAUUAAAGUGUGUGGAGGCUGAGAUCUCUAAUUGCGAGGUGUGCCUUAAGGAAGAGGUAGAAAAGCGGAAGAAGUACAAGAUUGACGAUCAGCGAAGGACCCACAAUUAUGAUGAGUUUAUCUGUACAUUCAUCUCUAUGCUAUCUCAAGAAGGAAUGCUGGCCAGCCUGGUGGAACAGAACAUCUCUGUGCGGAGAAGACAGGGUGUGAGCAUCGGACGCCUGCACAAACAGCGCAAACCAGACCGGCGGAAACGUUCUCGGCCAUACAAAGCUAAGCGGCAGUGAAGACGAGAGCACAGGCGCCCAGCGCCUUCGGUGUCAGACCCGUCCCCGCAAGAAGGGCAAUCAGUUCUCGUUGCUGAGGAGUGCGGGAUUCAGCCGGUGGAGCUGCUGACUCGCGUCACAGGCUCUUGACAGGAACAUAAGAUGAUUACACUAAAUUCUGGUUUGGAUGAUGAAGCCAUCAACAGUGCAGGGAAACUGAAGAUGGGAUCAGUCAGUAAUGGGUCCAGUGAAAUUAAGCAACUGCUUUAUAAUAAUGGACCAACCAUAGCCAGAGUCUGUGUGCUCUUCUCGGCACUCUGCAAAGCUUGCCAGCAGGACAGUAGCAAUUACAUGGGAACUACAACCUUGGUCUGGUCCCCUGCUUUGUGUGUACUGUCCAAAGUAGCUCCAUUUGUGAUUUUUCUUCACCUUGCACCAUCCAAAUUCAAGCUUUACUCUAAACUCACUGGUGUCUUUGGAAGUGCUUUUUAUACUGGAGACUAGUUAACGGACAACUGUGACACGCCUGCCCACUUAAGGGACGAGGUUGCUCGACCUGUGACGAUAAAACAAGGACUCUGGAAUAAUGCCCUGUUUAUUCAGAGGAUUGCAAUUCCAAUUUUGAAUUUAUUACCAGUUUGAAUUAAAGAGCACUUUUUUUAACUUGGUUGGAGUUGGUAAUGAAUUGAAAUGGAUGUGGAUUAAAAAGU